UACCCUUCCACCACUGAGUUAAUAUUAUUCCAAAAGUGAGUGUGUGUGUGAGAGAGAGAAAAAAGAAAGAAAGAGCUAGAGAGAGAAAGCUUGAGCAAGAGAGAGAGAGAGAGAGUGAUGGAGGGAUGUCUUGCCCUGUGGUUGCAGAGGCUGAUGGCGGCGUUUGCAGGGCUGUGACUUUAAUGCAAUCCAGAACCAAGACAGCUACAGAAGAAGAAUUCAAUUUUCGAGUGAUCAGAUCAGUCAAGAACAUAUAUACAUACAUACAUACAUAUAGAGAGAGAGAGAGAGAGAGAGAGAGAGACAACGAAUUUCAUUACAUCAGUGAUCAGUGUCUCUCUCUACACGGCCGGGUCGGGCAUUCUUUCGAUCUUAAACCUAAAAGAAAUUCCUACACGGUGAAAAAAGCUGCAGUUUUUACACAAGGCAAAGUGUGUCAGUGUUCAUUUCAGAAUUUAAUUUAAUUUUGCAGCACAAAACGCUCUACAAAUUAAAUUCACUUUAUAGUUUGACUAGUAAGUAGUUUGAAGAGACAGACCCAAACCCUAACACGCACUGAUUUGGGGAUUUCUCCGAACACUGUUACUUCCCUAUGGAUUUUCUCCCAACUUUGAGCUCCCAGUCGUCAGCUGCUUGUAGGGGUCAAACAUGUCCGGAUUUUUCUCACUAGGUGGUAAAGAUCAUCAUCAUCAUCACCAUCAUCAUCACCAUCAAGAUCAGCAACACCAUCUGACUGAAUCUAGCAGCAACCUGUUCCAGCUGUCGAAAAACGUGGAAGUCUACAACAAGGGUUUUGAACUAUGGCAGCAGUACUAUCAGCUGCAUCAACAACAAAGGAUUCAGACACAGCACCACAGUUUCCAAGAUUUGAAUUUUUCUGCGGGUCCCAGUAGCGACGAGCAGAUCAAUAACAGCAGGAUCAUCGGCGGCGGCGGCGGCGGCGGUGGUGGUGGUGGUUGUGGCUUUGGGGAUGAGCAUUCGAAUUAUUAUUACAGAUCGUCAGGGAUUAGGGUAAUGAAUCAGGCCGGUGGAGGAGGUUCAGGUUCGUACGAUGGAUUCAAUUGCCAAGACUGCGGCAACCGGGCAAAGAAAGAUUGUGUCCAUAUGAGGUGCAGGACUUGCUGUAAGAAUCGAGGGUUUCAAUGCCAAACUCACGUGAAGAGCACGUGGGUGCCGGCGGCAAAGCGCCGGGAGCGCCAGAGCCAGCAUGAUGAAACACAGCUGACCAUCGGAGAAGAAAACCCUAAGCGAAUGACUGCCGCCGGAAGCGGCGGCGGCGGCGGUGGCGGUGGCGGUGGUGGGUUUGAAGUGGGACAGUUCCCACCGGAAUUACAUUCUCCGGCGGAUUUCACCCUCGUGAGAGUGAGUUCAAUCGACGGCGCCGAGGAGCAUUUGGCUUAUCAGACAGCUGUAAACAUCGGAGGGCAUGUGUUCAAGGGAAUUCUCUACGAUCGAGGUCCUGAGAGCCGCUACCCAGGCGGCGGAGGCGGCGGAGAGAGCUCCUCCGGCGGUGGCGGAGGAUCACAGCAACAGCCGCUAGAUCCAACGGCGAGCUCAACCUCCGGCGUCGCCACCAGCACCGUAAAUCCCUCGAUCAUGGACCCUUCAAUUUAUCCACCUCAUCAUCAGCUCGGCGGUUUCAUGGCGGGUACGCAAUUCUUCUUGCCACCUAGGCCCUGAUGAAAGAAAUUUACCAGUCUACCAUUUUCAGACAAUUCUUUUCUUAGCCAUUAUCCAUUAUUAAUCUAACAUAAGAUAAGAUAAGAUCAGAUCCACAUUCGUCUUCGUUUUGUAUUUAGGAGUAAGUAUUCUUCAAUUCGAACUUUAAUUAAUUAAAUAUUUGUGUUAUGAUUUCUUGCUCCUCCUUCGUCGUCUGCUAACAAGAAAUAUCAACAUCGUCGUCGUUAUUGG